AUGGAGAGACAGGGAAGUUUGUGUCUGAAAGUCAAACCCACCCGACUCUUACUCUUUUCAUUCACUCUCUUUUCUUCUAUCUUCUUCCUUUCAUUUUUCACCAUCUCCCUCUCCAACUCUUCACCACACACUCUUUCACCCAUCUCCCUCUCCAACUCUUCACCAAACACUCUUUCACCCAUCUCCCUCUCCAACUCUUCACCAAACACUCUUUCUCUCAAUCUUCAACCCAUCUCCCUCUCCGACUCUUCACCAAACACUCUUUCUCUUCACUCCUUCACCCAUAACAACUUCACUCCUGCUAAUUUCUCUUUUUUAAUCGAUAACCGUCUUUCCAGAACCCUCAACAGAUCCAAAGAUGAAGUGAAGAUGGUGAAAGGGUGUGAUUUGAGUAAUGGGCAUUGGGUUUUUGAUGAAAGGUAUCCUCUUUAUGCUACAGAUUCUUGUCCUUUUGUUGACGAAGCUUUUGAUUGUCAGGGGAAUGGAAGAUUCGAUAGCAAUUUUACCAAGUGGAGAUGGCAACCUCAACAUUGUCACUUUCCAAGGUUCAAUGCAACAGAAAUGUUGGAGUUGAUAAGAGGGAAAAGACUAGUUUUUGUGGGUGAUUCUAUUAACAGGAACCAGUGGGAAUCAAUGCUAUGCAUGUUAUUGAGUGCUGUUAAGGAUCCAAAGAGGGUGUUUGAGGCACGCGGAAGGAAAAUUGUCAAAGAGAAAGGGAAUUAUAGUUUCAGGUUUCUGGAUUAUCAAUGUACUGUUGAGUACUAUGUAAGUCAUUUCUUAGUUCAUGAAAGCAAGGCAAGAGUAGGCCAGAAACGAAGACCAACUCUGCGGAUUGAUGCCAUUGAUCACGGUUCCUCCAGAUGGAGAGGAGCUCAUAUUUUGGUUUUCAACACAGCUCAUUGGUGGUCUCAUUACAAAACCAAAGCAGGGAUAUAUUACUAUCAAGAAGGAACUAUGGUUCAUCCCCGGCUAAAUGUUUCUACCGCGUUUCGUAAAGCUUUAACGACUUGGGCCUCAUGGGUGGACAAACACAUAAAUUCUAAGAAAACACAAGUUUUCUUUCGAACUUCAGCGCCAUCUCAUUUCAGGGGAGGUAAUUGGAAUUCAGGAGGACAUUGCACGGAGGCGACUCAUCCUCUUAAAGAAACCUUAAACACAACUUAUCCGGAGAAGAAUGUAAUCGUAGAAGAAAUCAUAAAGCGAAUGAAAACUCCUGUGACAUUGUUGAAUAUAACUAGUUUGUCAGAAUUUAGGAUAGAUGGUCACCCAUCGAUUUAUGGGAGAAAAACUCGAUCAACGAGAAUUCAAGAUUGUAGUCAUUGGUGUCUCCCAGGGGUUCCAGAUACAUGGAAUGAGAUGUUAUUUUUUCAUUUACAAAGUAGAUUAGAGUGA